UAAAGUAUUCUAGGAUAUCCUAGAAUACCUAACUAUUCUGUAAUGUGCAUCCCUAGCUGCUAAUGGUGUAAUAAUUUUCCGAAUUUUGGUUGUUUCUGCUGUUUAGAUUGCCACAAAAUAUUACUGCUAUUUCUUAUUUGCAAAUUUUUGUCGUUUUUUUUACAAAUGCGUUACAUCAGACUCUAUAACCUACACCAGAAUGCUUAUAUUGCAAUACCUAAAACCUCUAUGUACAGUGUGUUAUAGUAAAGUAAAAUCUUACUGCCAUAACUUACAUAACAUCUCAUAGUCUUUUCUUGCAAUAUAGAUAAUGUGGGAAUAGGUUUUCUACAUGAGUUUCUUUCUAACUUGAAUUUGUAAAAUAGUAAUGGCAGCCGUUAGGAUUCUCAGGAUUUGUUUCAACAAGUUUAAUUUUAGUCGAACAAUCUACACCAAGUCAUCAUGCUGCUCACCAAUUCAAAUACAAAUGCCUGCCUUGUCUCCAACAAUGGAAGAAGGUACCAUCACAAAGUGGUUGAUAUCUGAAGGUGAUGCAGUAGAGAUUGGCGAUGCUAUGUGUGAAGUGGAAACCGACAAAGCUGUUGUUACCAUGGAAGCAAAUGAAGAUGGAACGCUCGCAAAGAUCCUGAUUCCGGAUGGUACAAGAGGAGUGAAGAUCAACUCACCGAUCGCGAUCCUUGCAGAAGAGGGAGAGGAUUUAUUGGAAGCUUCAAAGUUUGAUCCUCCUCCCAUCUCAUUCCAUCCUCCAACCUCCAGUGUGGAGGAAGUUGUGACAGAAACAUCACAAAUUCAUGCAACCAAUACUCCAAACGAUAAAAUAUCACCAGCAGUUCGUCAGAUGUUGAACCAAUUCAACAUUGAGGUUACCAAUAUACAUGGGACAGGACCCAAGGGAAUCAGACUAAAAGGGGAUGUUAUCAAGUACAUUGCACAGAAAGGCCUGAACCCAGUUCACCAACACGUGUCAACGCCAACUAAGCAAGUAACAACUCCUCCUACCAAAGCUACAGAAGUAAAAAAGGAUUCUGUUGCCACGAAACCUCCUGUCCAGGUUCAUGAAGGUGAUUAUGAAGAUUUGGAUUUAAGCAGUGUUCGAAAAGUGAUUGCUAAACGUUUAACUGAAUCAAAACAAACAAUUCCACAUGCCUACUCCACAAUAGAUUGCUCAAUUAACAAAGUACUAGAUCUAAGAAGGCAGUUAGCAAAAGAUGGUGUAAAAGUAUCACUCAACGACUUCAUCAUAAAAUGUGUGGCUUCAACUUUGCGGCGCGUGCCAGAGGUAAAUGUGGUGUGGCGGGGCCACGAAACUAAACAUUCAGAUACCAUCGAUAUAUCAAUUGCUGUUGCUACGGACGGUGGUCUUAUCACUCCCAUAAUAACGGGGGCAGACAGGAAAGGAUUGUCGGCGAUCAGCGAAGAAAUUCGUGAGUUAGCUUCCAAGGCAAGAAGUGGAAAGUUACAACCGCAUGAAUACCAGGGUGGAUCCUUUACCAUCUCAAAUCUCGGUAUGUUCGGGGUAAAAGAGUUCACCGCAGUUAUCAACCCGCCGCAGUCCUGCAUUAUGGCAGUGGGCGGGACCAGAGUCCGGCCCGCCUCGUCCCCCGUUGACCUAGACGAUGACGUCAUCAGUGACGUCACGGAAUCGGCGACGGACAGCGUGAUGACGGUGACGAUGAGCAGCGACGCUAGAGUGGUGGACGACGAGUUGGCGUCCAAGUUUCUUUCCACGUUCAAACAAAACAUGGAGAACCCGCUGUAUAUGGGAUUGCUGUGAACUACGUGCACGUUUGUGUUCCGUAUUUAGAAAAGUUUAUUUUCGCGUUUCCUCUCCGGCCAAUGCUCGCUUUGCACGAGGAAUAAAGUAUUAUUUAUUGUUGAAA